UUGCUUAAUUCAUUCCAUUAUGAGGCGAGAGGAUGCUGCAUCUCGCGUCUUCAUUGUUCCGGAAACUUGCCACUUUCAUUGAAGAUUUCACCCAAAGGAGACGAAUGAUGGCUGAAAUUAAGGAGCUGCCAUUUCAAUUUCCAGAGCUAGCUCAUAUUGAUCAUAAAAAGUCAUGCCCUAGGUAUAAUGCGGUGGUUGACAAAGAGGAAGAGAAUGGAGCCAUUAGUUUAGAGGAGCUUGACUGUCUCCAGCUGGAGCUAGAAACCAUGUUAGCAGCGGUAACGAGAAGGAUCCGCCAGAUUCAACAAGAGGUCCAAAGCAUGGCGGAUCUUCAAGAAGUCAAGAAAGAAAAGAAAGGAAACAAACCGGAUAAGAAAGAGGACAGUACAACUGGGAGUGGGACACCUUCAGGCAAACGAGGAAGAACGGAGGAGAAGUCAGAGAAGCCACCAAAAAAGAUGAAAGAGUCGAGCGGAAAGGGAGGAAGUACCGGCACCCCAGGGGGAGGGUCUAAUAGACCAAAGGCAAAGAGUAUGCAUGAGUAUGAGUUUACCGAUGAUCCACUUGCCGAUGCUGCACCCCCUCGCAUGCCACGCAAUGACACCAUCGAUCGGUUCUGGGCGUCCGUGGAGCCAUAUUGCGCUGACAUCACCAAUGAAGACCUGAAGGUGCUGGAUGAACUGAUCAAGAGUGGGGAGGAGGAGACGGAAUACUUCAAGGUUCCAUCGCUAGGGAAGCACUACUCGGUCCGAUGGGCGCAUGAAGAUUUACUGGAAGAGCAGCGAGAAGGAGGUAGAAUCACAGACAAGAAGAAAGGACCGUCACCAAACUCCAAAGAAGCAAAGGCCAUGCUGAAGAAAGCGGACAGACCUGAUGAUGAUUGCUGUCCAUUUGGUACUCUGACCCAACGUCUCAUCUCAGCAUUGGUAGAAGAGAAUAUCAUGUGUCCUCUGGAAGAAGAGUUCCUCAUGGAUACGACUAAGGAGGAGAAUGGAACGAUCACUGAUGGGGGUACGGCGACGUCUCCGAAGAAUGGAAACCGACCGUUCACUGUCCCUCACACCAAGGCGCUUGAAGCUAGAAUAAAGGAGGAACUCCUUGCUCAAGGACUGCUCGAUAUCGAUGACCCAAUGAUCAUGGGGGAGGAGGAUGAAGUCUUGCUUGAGCUUCAGAAGAGACAGGAAGAACUGAAAGCUCUCUACGCCCACAACCGCUCUCAGAAACAACGCCUGGUCAAACUUGCCAAAGAGGAGAUGAAGCGACAGGAACUCCGACAGAAGCUACGUGCUGCCGACAAUGAGUGCAUAGACUACUACCGCCGAAUUAUGGCUGCCAAACAGAAGAAACGUUCGCCGACCAAGAAAGAACGAGAUGCCGCCGCCAAAGCGCUCCGAGACCGGGAAACGAUCAUCAAGCAAUUGGAUGCUCUUUGAACUCUGCGUUGCUCUGGACUUUAACGGGAACCUAGGAAUCAGGAUCCGUCAGGAAAUAAAGUUCAGACUUUGAGAUUGGACAAGAGUUUGAAAGUGGAUGUUUGUUCAGGGUAUAUGGUGUAAAUGAUGUUUGCUGACUCACAUAAUUAUUUAUGUAUGUUAACAGUAAGGUUUAUAUAACCUCCUGUACAUCAGCAAAGCCAAAACACGUACAUUUGCCUGUAUUUGCUUAGGUUAUGUGUCAUUUUUGCUGACUCACAUGUACAUAUUUGUGUAUGGUAACAGUAAGGGUUAUAAAGCCCAUGUACAUCAGCAAAUAAAAGCAUACAUUCAUAUAUGUGUUCUCUUACCCAGGGUUGCGCUGCAAGUCAUUCUGCGCUGUAUGUAGCACAGCUGCCAAGUAGCACUGAAGAAUGAGAAGAAUACUGUUGCUUUCAUGCAAAUUACUGAUAUCUAAAGUUCAGUUUUAUGUUUUGGCCUAUGGUAUUUCUUGGAAAAUACCGAUUUUCCUCACCAAAAUACUGAUUUUCAGCUUUUGAAAUAUUGCAAUGUUCAUGUCCAGGGGGGCGUUUCAUCAAUAUUUUCAUCCGACAAGUUGUCAGAUCUGACAUCUUUCCAUGAUUUUGAUUGGCUGAGAGGCACUGUUCCUAUGGUACCUGUCGGAUAAAAUGGGACUUGUCGGAUAAAACAUCCGACAAGUCCUUUCAUGAAACGCCCCCCAGGGUGGCAGCUUGGAUUUAGGUGGUCAUUGACGUUUGGGGAGGUGGCAAGUCUCGUGUAGCUCAGUGUAAGACUCUAUAGUCUCUAGUAGCUUGGGUUCAUGUCAUUUUCUCCUAUGACAAUUAUUCCAACUGAAAAUGCGUAUAUAAGCCUUGGCCCGUCUUACAAAGAGUUACAAUUGAUCAGGGCCCCGUCUUACAAAGAGUUGCGAUUGAUCCGAUCAAUCUCAAAUAUAUGGAAAUCCAUCAUUGUCAUUAUUUUUUCUUUAGGAAAUUUGCUCAAUGUCCUUUGAAAAUAAAGAGAAGUAUACUGAUUUGUCAAGAAAUACAGUAAAUGUAUGAAUAUUCGUCAUUUCUAGAAAAUAUAUUGAACAAACAUGUAUUUCAGUUGACAUUGCUUACUUUCCAUAGUUGUGAAUGAUCGGAUCAAUUGUGCCUUCAGGAAGGCUAUUCCGCAAAGUGGGGCAUGCAAAAGCAAAUGAUCUUUCCCCCCAAGUUUUUGAAACUUUAGGAAUAACAAGGAAGCCAAAAGUGGAUGAGCGCAAAGACCUGCUUGGUCUGUAUAGUAAUUGAUAAAUGAAAGACUGUAUUGUGGUGCUGAUCCAAGAAUACUAUGAAAAGCAAGCAACAAAAUCUUAAAAAUAAUCUAAUUUUUGAUCGGGAGCCAGUGCACCGAAUUCAAAAUGGGAGUGAUAUGAGAGCGUUUAUUUGACAAAGUAAUGAUGCGAGCAGCUGCAUUCUGAAGCUUCUGAAGCUUUAUAUAACUGAGACUGCAGUAAAUUGAAAUUUUAAAGUACUGCAAUAUUCUUUACAGGUUGGCAGCUCUGGAAAGUGAGCAAUGGAGAGGGAGAGAGAGAGUGUGUUUAAAAGGAUGAAAUGUGUAUGAUGUAUUGUUGAGCCAGGGUACUAGUAAUUCAUUUGUACAUCAUUGGG